AUGUUCACCAGAUCGUUACAAAGACAAGCCGUCAGAUUCAACAGCACAGUUGCAAAGUCAGCACCAAGAACCUUGUCCAAUGCUUACAUCGGUAAGUUGGAAACCAGAUGGACCGCAUUACCAAAGCAAGACCAACAAACCAUUAUAGAGGAAUUGAAAUCGAGAAUGGAAUUGCCAUGGCAAGAAUUGUCAGUUGCAGAAAAGAAGGCAGCCUACUAUAUUUCCUUUGGUGAAUGGGGACCAAGAAGACCAUUGUAUGCACCAGGAGAAAAAUCACAAAUCUUUUGGAUUGUUACUGGCUGUGUUGUGGGAUCAGUAGCCUUGUUUGCAGGAAUUAGAAUGUUGGCCAAACCAGCCCCAGCAUCUUUGAACAGAGAAUGGCAAGAGAAAUCGGACGAGUACUUGAAAUCAAAGAAUGCCAAUCCAUUCUCUGGUUACUCACAAAUCCAAUAA